CGAGUCUUACCACUCUCUUCGUUCUUUACCAGAGUCUGUCUGUCCAGCAGUCUGUCCUUCUUUUCUUGUGCCUUGCCAGUCAAGCAUCCACAGUCUUUAUCUCAUUCUCAACGGCUUCGGUCCGAUCACCUCUCUUUACACAACCGCCGCUCGGCUCCAGCUUCCAGUCCUUUCUGCAAGACAGAUUUAUCCAUUUGAAACCUUAUCCGACUCAUCAGACUCGACAGACUCACAGUGUUCACGAACAAUCUCGAAUUUCGAACAAAAGCCACACUAGAAAGAUUCAGGUGUACAUAUUUGCACUCACAAACACCAAGAUGCGUUUCCAGCAGAACCUCGUUUCCCUGGCCGCAGCUGCUCUCUGGGCCAGUGUGGCGACUGCCAUUCAGCCCCCCUCGGUCAACGGGCUCAACCUUGUCUGGUUUGAUGCCUUCCGCGGCUCGGCUGGCUCUCCCCCCGAUCUCAACACCUGGACCAUUCUGGACGCUGUCCAUGUCAACAAUGAGGUUCAGGACUACACGACCGCCAACAGCAACCUGCAGAUUAGCGGCGGCGAGUCUAUUCAGUUUGUUCCUCGCAAAGACUCCAGCGGUGCUUGGACUUCAGGUCGUAUUGAGACCAAGGAGUCUUGGACUCCGGCGCCCGGCAAGGUCAUGAAGCUCGCCGCCAGCCUGCUCAUGGGCACGAACCCUCGCGAGAUGAAGCAGGGCAUCUGGCCCGCCUUCUGGGCUCUGGGAGACGCCAUGCGCCACGGCACUGAGUGGCCCCUGGCCGGCGAAAUCGACAUCUUUGAGCAGGUCAGCGGCCACGACCAGGGCUGGGGUACCGUGCACUGCGGUCACAUGGGUGGCGGUCCCUGCAACGAACCCUCUGGUCUCCAAACAAGCACCGUCUUGCCUGCUGACGGUGUCUUCAAUGAGUGGGCCGUCACCAUUGACCUGACGAACCCUGACUGGCGGGCUCAGACCCUGACCUGGCAGUUGAACGGCAACACCUUCAAGAGCCUCUGUGGUGCCGAUCUCGGUGACGAAGCUACCUGGGCGACCCUCGCACACAGCCCGCUGUACCUGACGCUCAACGUAGCCGUUGGUGGCAACUGGCCUGGUCCCCCCAACGAGGCCACCCUCGACGGUUACGGCGCCAUGAUGGAGGUCCACUGGGUGGGCGUCUACUCUUCUUGAGUAGUUACGUGCGAGUCUCUGGAUUAGCAAUGGCUCUCAAGUUCGCUUCUUUUUACAAAGCAAGGUCAACUCCGCAGCAGGGGCCUUGCGCGUCUUCUUCGUUUCUGCAUAUAUACCCCCUUUUGUCGUUAUGACCAGAUGUUGUAGAUACCAAAUUCGAGAUCAACAUACACGCAGCAAAAUAGACAUAGAGGAUGUCGCAACAAUACGAACAUCUCUUUGCUGCCUCUGAAGUCCUUAGGGUUGUUGUUUGUGAACAUGCACAUGGCGAUAGUCCAACCAUCCCGAGUUUGAGCG